AUGGCGAAACUCACCACCGAUCAAUUGAGCGAGCCGGGGGCGCCGGAGCAGAUAAUUUACUACCACAUCAUACCGGAGUACCAGACGGAAGAGAGUAUGUACAAUGCGGUGAGGAGAUUUGGGAAAGUGAAAUACGACACCCUGCGGUUGCCGCACACGGUGGUGGCCCAGGAGGCUGACGGGUCGGUUAAGUUUGGCCACGGUGAAGGGUCGGCGUAUCUCUUCGACCCGGAUAUCUAUACAGAUGGGCGAAUUUCGGUUCAGGGGAUUGAUGGGGUUUUGUUCCCGGAGGAAGAGACCGUGAAGAAACCAAGCUCCGCCGUCAAGGUUGCCACCAAACCUCGGAGAGGUAAGUUGCUGGAAGUAGCGUGCAGAAUGCUGGGAGCAUUUGGACAGGUUUCGCAUUUUCAUUCAUGUCACUGAAUGAUGAAUGAACAUAUACAAGCAAAAUCUCAAAGAGGUAAAAAUGAAAAACAAGUAAAGAGAAUGUGAAGACCAAAGGUGAAAGCUCCUUUCUUCUUCCUUCUUCUUGAUCUUGUUCAGAAUUUAGAUGCCAUUCUCCUAGCUCGCUCAGGCUGAUGAUGUUCACCACCUGUGGUUGUUAGGAAGACCGUCUGAGAAAUACAACAGGGAGGGAGCAGUCGCUGGAGAAAGAGUUUGUUGUUAUUUGGACAUAAACACUGUAAUUAACACAUAAUUUUUUAAAAUUAUUUUGUGUAUGAUGUUGGUUUACUUUAAAAACACCUAUUUUUUCAUCUCCCAUUGUUCACUGCCGGUGAAUCAAUAAACAUGGAACUUUUUU